AUGUCGUGGAAGCCGUCAGAGAAGCUCCUCCAGACCAUCGGUCACUAUGCCAGCUUUCCACCCACGGGGGUUAGUCUCCGCCAGAUGGUCCAGUUUGGUGAAAAGCCGUCGGUUGGAACUCUAUUUCGCGCUUCUCAAUUCCUCUCGGAAGAGCUCCCAGUCCGGCUUGCACAUCGGGUAGAGGAGCUAGGAAAACUCCCAGAGGGUUUGAAUGAGAUGGAGUCGAUCAAGAAAGUCCGUGACUGGUACGCACAGUCAUUCGAAGAGAUCACCACUCUGCCUCGUCCAGAUAUCGACAAAGAGACGAGAGACCGCCUUCUUAAUCCACCCAAGACAAGCUCCACCCGCUUGUCUUCCACGACCCGGAACCCAAGUUUGAAGAACGAUAGCAUGGGGAAUGGGAAGAACGGUGCAAACAGUCGUCGCUAUUUCGCCGCACUCGAUGAUGGCAAGGAGUGGCCGCCAGUUCUGGCAGAUUACAAUCGCAAAUUCUCCCGUACCCUGGGUGCAAUCAAGCGUCGACACGACCCUGUUGUGACGACUGUUGCCCAAGGAAUAAACGAAUGGAAGCGCAAGCUCCAAAGAAUGCAAAUCGACUCUUCUAUUCAAUCAUUCCUCGACCGUUUCUACAUGUCUCGAAUUGGGAUCCGAAUGCUUAUUGGGCAACACAUCGCAUUGACUGAUCAAACCACAAACAAGCAUCCACACUAUGUCGGCAUAAUAUGCACAAAGACAAACAUCAAGGAGCUUGCCGAAGAAGCCAUCGAGAACGCGCGAUUCGUCUGCGAAGAUCACUAUGGUUUAUUUGAUGCACCAAAGGUACAACUAUUCUGUGAUCCAAAUCUCAAUUUCAUGUAUGUGCCUGGCCACUUGUCACACAUGCUUUUCGAGACUCUCAAGAACUCCCUUCGAGCUGUCGUUGAAACCCAUGGUGCAGAUAAAGAAGCUUUCCCAGUCACCAAAGUCGUCAUUGCUGAGGGUAAAGAAGACAUUACAAUCAAAAUCAGUGACGAGGGUGGCGGCAUCCCAAGAUCCGCAAUUCCCCUUGUCUGGACCUAUAUGUACACUACAGUUGAUACAACACCGGAGUUGGAUCCUGGAUUUGACAAAAGUGAUUUCAAGGCUCCCAUGGCCGGGUUUGGCUAUGGUUUGCCCAUCUCGCGCUUAUAUGCCCGAUAUUUCGGAGGAGACUUGAAGUUGAUUUCUAUGGAAGGUUAUGGCACCGAUAGGGAUGACAGUAUCAGCGGGCGGUCCCCGGGAUUGGCGGUGAAAAAACAAACAUUAUUGGGUCUAAGCCCAGGGCGCAUGGCCGCGAUGCGUACACGAGCAAAAAGUGGUGAGAUUACCGAACGAAAACAGGUGGGUGAUCUGGACAGCAUGAUCAACUCUGAACCCAAUGUCGUCAAGCCCGGCGGUGCAACUGAAUGGUUAGAGUGA